CUGUGAAGGACCUAAACUCACAUCAAAGGAUACAGAUCAUCUAGUUAGGUCAAUUAAUGUUAAUUCUCAUCUUCCAUUAAAUUCUUUUAUCUUCUCUCUUUUUCUUUUUUUUUUCCAGCCAAGCCCAAUACCAAGUCCUGUUUUGGGGAGAAAGCCAAACGCUAGUCAGUCAUUGCUUGUGUGGUGCAAAGAAGUUACAAAAAACUAUCGGGGAGUGAAAAUCACAAAUUUUACUACAUCGUGGAGAAAUGGUUUAUCCUUUUGUGCAAUACUACAUCACUUUAGACCAGACCUAAUUGACUACAAGUCUCUGAAUCCUCAAGAUAUUAAAGAGAACAACAAAAAGGCAUACGAUGGGUUUGCCAGUUUAGGAAUAUCACGAUUGCUGGAACCUUCGGACAUGGUUUUAUUGGCAAUACCCGACAAACUGACUGUUAUGACCUAUCUCUAUCAAAUAAGGGCACAUUUCUGUGGCCAGGAGUUAAACGUGGUUCAGAUAGAGGAGAACAGCAGUAAAAGCACAUAUAAAGUGGGUAACUAUGAAACAGACACAAACAGUUCUGUCGACCAGGAAAAAUUCUAUGCAGAGCUGAACGACCUGAACCGGGAGCCCGAGCUGCAUCCACCAGACAGUGGUUUGGCAGACUUUGCUUCACAGGAUGACUCCGUGUUUGUAAAUGACAGUGGUGUUGGUGAAUCUGAGAGCGAGCAUCAGACUCCUGAUGACCAUUUAAGCCCGAGCACAGCUUCCCCUUCUUCUCGCAGGACUCGAAGUGACACAGAUCCACAGAAAUCCCAGCAGAGCUCUGGAAGGACUUCUGCAUCUGAAGAAAUUGGGAAGUGUAGCAGUACAGACACAGCACAAGUGCAGCCUACGUUGGGAAGGAAGAAACUGCUGAUAACUGACACUUUAGACUUCAGUGACUUAGCACAUGUCAGUGAUCAAAAAGAGGAUAUGUCUCCCACAGUUGCUUGUGAAGAUAACAACAAGAAGAGACACCAGAGCUUAGACAGUACCACUGGUUUCUCAGAGCAAGAAAAUCUGGGACGUGUAGGAUCCACAGAGAGCACAAGAGCUGAUCCUGGUUCACCUGUCAGAAAACCAAGUUUAUCUCCUACUUCUAAGCCUGGAUACUUCUAUAAUAUGGAUACAGAUCUUGCAAAGAAACCGCAUGCUUCUCCAAGGCAAACAGAAUCUGAUUCUGACAAUGAUGCCAGAACAGCUUUAAAUCACGCAGAUCAAACUGCAAAAACAGCCCAGCAACGUAUGUUGUCAAGACAGGAAGAACUUAAAGAACGAGCAAGAGUUCUGCUUGAGCAAGCAAGAAGAGAUGCAGCUUUAAAGGCAGGGAAUAAGCAACUAACCAAUACGCUCAUCCCAGCCCGCAAUAAACAGCUGAACGAUCAGCAAGAUGAAGAGCGACGUCGGCAGCUGAGAGAGAGAGCUCGUCAGCUAAUAGCAGAAGCUCGAUCUGGAGUGAAGAUGUCAGAACUUCCUAGCUACAGUGAAAUGGCUGCAGAAAAGUUGAAAGAAAGGUCAAAGGCAUCUGGAGAUGAGGAUGAGGAUGAUGAUAAUAUUGAGAUAGAUACUAAUGAGGAGGUUCCUGAAUGCUCUGUUACUGGAGGUGGAGAUGAGCUUACUAACCUAGAAAAUGACCUUGAUUCAAUGGAACAAAACAGUAAGUUCAUGGAUUUGAAGCUGAAGAAGCUCCUAGAAGCUCAGCCACAGGUGGCAAAUUCGCUCUCCAGUGCUGCUCAGAAAACUGUAACAGAUAGCUCAGAGCAAGACAUUAAGAAUGGAACAGAGGAACAUCGUGCUGAGCGAUCACAAAAAGCAGCAGAACGGUUUAGAAAUCCCGUUGUGUUCAGCAAGGACUCGACCAUCAGGAAAACUCAGCUCCAGUCUUUCAGUCAAUACGUGGAGAGCAGACCAGAGAUGAAAAGGCAGAGAUCAAUACAGGAAGAUACAAAGAGAGGAAAUGAGGAGAAGGCUGCGAUAACUGAGACUCAGAGGAAGCCAUCAGAAGAUGAAGUGCUUAAUAAAGGGUUCAAAGACACCAGUCAGUAUGUUGUAGGAGAAUUGGCAGCACUAGAGAAUGAGCAAAAGCAAAUUGACACCCGUGCCGCGCUGGUGGAGAAGCGCCUUCGCUAUCUCAUGGACACAGGAAGAAACACAGAAGAAGAAGAAGCUAUGAUGCAGGAAUGGUUCAUGCUGGUUAAUAAGAAGAACGCCUUAAUAAGACGAAUGAACCAGCUUUCUCUUCUGGAAAAAGAACAUGACCUAGAAAGGCGCUACGAGCUGCUGAAC